UGUACUUGUUUCUGGUUUCGUUCUCUUCCAUUCCAAGAUGGCGCUUUUCGAAUCAGCUUCCAAACAGUUAGUGAAGGAUACGGGAAGAUCUUCACUUCAUCCUGUACUAGAUUUGAAUUCUUCCUCUAAAUAUGGCAUCAUGUGUGUCGUAGAGAAGAAGAAAAGCCGAUGGUUUUGGAGAAAAACCAAGUAUUUGCCAACUCCUUUCAACCUCAAUGAAAUUUUACUGCAGCCUAUUGAUUAUUCAAGCACAGUAAAAACAACAGAAUUCGUUGCAAAUUACGAAAAUGAUCCCAGCCUGCAUGUAUCUGGAAAGUUGGGUGCAAAGCUGGCCGGAGAGCUUGGGAUUGAUGUUUCCACAACAGACUCAUUUACUGUCAAAAUAAACCUGGGCACCAUCAAUAAAAGUAAAAUUAGAUGGCAAGAACUGAGCAAUCUAAUGAAAGACAAGAAACUGAACUUGGAGCAUGAGUUUGUCCAGGCAAUUCUGAAGAGUAAACGAAGAAAACUUUGCAUUGUUAAUGAAGUUUUGAAAACAACUAAAGAGACAAACAUCCAGUCAGUUCUCAUAGUGGAAGGAGAUGCAGACGCUAAAGCUUCAGCUACAACCAAGGCUGAAGUAGAUGUUAAAGGAUCAGUAAGUGACACUCACCAUCACUCCUUUGACAUCCCCAAAGAUACCAUCAUSGCUUAUGGUUGUUAUGAGUUUGACUUUGAUGAUGGUAUUGGAAUGAUUGACUUGGCUAUUGAAAAGAAACUAGAAGAUGUGACAGAUGCAGCUCCUAGUGAUGAGACAACAGUUGAUCACCCUGAUGGACAAGAUAGUGCCUUGACAUCGAUAUUCCAUGGCUUGCUCAAGUCUCCAAAGAAAGAUGAUGUAAUCAAGUGUUUUAAGCAGAUCCUGGCCACUCCAGAGAGCAUUAAACCCUUGGAUGAAUUGCUUGAGAAAGCAGUGUAUAGUGUUGAAGGAGAGAUGGUUAAACCCUACACUUUUCAAGAAUUCAAGUCAUUGGUUGAGCAUUGUGAAGGCUGGGAAAAACUUCUGGCACUCCUUGGCUUCACCAUUGAAAAGGAGAAGGAUGGAUUGAUUGUUUAUCCUGAUGAAGAAGCAUUAGACUUGAUCUUGCCCUGUAGUGCUCUUGCUGAUGCUCUGAAUGGACUCUCAAGUCAGCAGUGUCUAGCCCUUAAAGACCUGAAACAUGAGCAUGCUGAGCCACUUUUGUAUUUGAUAAAAAAUGCUAUGUAUGGAAGAAGCACUCCUGAAGAUGACCCACAGUUGAAGAGAAUUUACUCUCAUGCAGCAAAUCCUGGAAAGACUUUCCUCUUGACUCUAGGGUUUGUACAAACAACUGAAGAUGGCAAGAAAGUGUUGACUUUGCCUCCUAAGCAUUUUAUCCCUCUAGAGGAAGCUUAUGUAUCAGUGUUUGUCAUGGGAUCUAAGUAAAGGUUGUUUACCCUAAACGCUGUGCAAAUAAUAUUAUGCUAUUAUUAUGCGUAGGUCAUGACUCAAAUAGCAAAAUAAUAUAAUUGAAGCACUAAUAGCAUUUUUCACGGUUACUAAAGAUAGAUGUUGCAAAGCCUUGGGGGAUUGAAGUACUGACCAAUUUUGUAAACAAUGCAAUUAACACUUCAAUUACACGGAAAAGAAGAAUAAUAUCUAUAGAAAAAACGGAUAGUUCUUCCAUUAUUGGAARCAGCAAGAUAACAAAACAUUGAUGUAGCAUGUCAGCAUGUGUGCUGGGCUUGGCUUGUCUGCAUUUCAAUCUCUUGAUGCACAAAUGUGACGCCAUCUGUGGAAAACACUAUUGAAUAAGUAACUUAGUUUGCUUUUAACUGGUUUACUUUAGAUAUAGAUAAAAUCAGGGUAGGAUCAGUAGCACCAACAAAAAAUAAUACUAUAUGAUACAUUGUUUUGGUCUAUAUGUGUUGUAGCACCUUGUAGAUAAUGGUGAUAGGCCCCCUUCAGCUAAAGAAGUUAUUUAAAUCAGAUUUUGGUACUUAAAGCUUUUUGUAUCACAUUAAUCAUAUUACAAGAAAUUAUCUAGUAAUUAGUCAAUUUUUAGAAUAAAGUCACUAGCAUAUUAUAGUUUCAGAGCAUAUUCAUACCCUCCCCUCCCCCCCAGAAACUUGGAAAUGAAAGAAGACUCAGUACCUACUAAAAUAAUAGACCCUAAGAUCGACGCUCAUUCAUGGAUUUGAAUAAGUACUGGUAUAGAGCAGGUGCAUGUUACGUCAUUGCUGCAAUCCUGGUUGACAAUAACAAAGUGUUCCUCAUUAGCUUCUCUUGUUAGAUCAACCAAGAUGACGGCCGUUUUGUUGUUAUUCAUAUCUCAAGGGAUUUUGAUUCACAUUGUUGCACACACUCUAUUGUCUGAAGAAGUUAUGUUGAUCAUUAAGUGUUAUAGAUCUAAAAGAAUUAGCAAAAAGUAAUCUGACACAAAAAGUAAUUUAUUUCAUAGAUAUUCAAUAUUAUAUAAUUACAUGUAAGACAUAAAAUAGAACAUUGUAGUAUGAAUAGACGUGGUUUUUUUUCUAUUCUGUAAAUAUUAUCAUUGUUUUGUCGGUUAUUUUUAUUAAACUGUCUGCA